GACUGGAUGGAACUAUCCCCAUCCUCCAUCUAAUCCCAUCCACGGAGAGAAGAGGACAGAGACACACUGACAGCCCAACUAAGAAGAUGGCCCCAGCCCUGAACGUGCUCUUGCUCUGCACAUUGGCCUUAUUUACAACAGCAGCCUCAGUGAAAGUAUGCGGGAGGCCGCCUGGAAGGGACGGCAUCGACGCGACGCCUUUCAAGCGUGUGUAUGAGAUUGGCGAGGAGGAGAUCAUCACGUGUGAGCGAGGGUACAUUCCUUCAUCAUCGCCUGGCAAGAUCGUGUGCUCCCCCACUGGAGAGUGGACCAAACCACAACUCGUGUGCGCUCCAAAGAUGUGCUCCAUUCCCAAGCCUCUUCAGUCCCUGACGUUUGGCAAGAAAGAAGUACCGUACAAGAGUGUUCUCAACUACACCUGCGAUGAUGGAUAUGUCUUGAUAGGAGCCAAUAAUAGCCAGUGUUUGCAUGAUGGGAGUUGGAGUCACCCGCCCCCGCUUUGUACAGCUGUGAGUUGUAGUCUCCCUCAAGCUCCCCAAAAUGGAAAAGUUGUCUAUGACAACAAGGAGUUUAAAGGCAACACAACCAUAUAUGGACAAGGUUGGACUUUUGAGUGUUUGCCACCUAGAGCCCCUAUUGGUAACGAGAGAGGGUCAUGUCUGGCCAAUGGGACAGUCACUGAGCCACCAGUGUGCCGUGAGGUCAGUUGUCCCAUCCCUAAAGGGAUAGACCACGGGUUCAUUACCUUUGCUGUGAAGAGGGAGCACAGCUACAAAGAGAAGGUCAAGUAUGGCUGCAGUGAACACUACGUCCUGGACGGGAAUGCCGAGAUGCAGUGUGAUAAAACUGGAAAUUGGUCAAACAAGCCGGUUUGCAGGGCCCCUUGUACUGUUGGGAUCAAAAGAGGACGUAUCUUUUACAACGCCAAGAAAAUGUGGAUUGGGGACUUCAAACCCAACAGAGUCUUACAUGGGGAGCCUGUUGUCUUCUACUGCCUGAAUAAGGAGCAAAAGUGUGGCUAUCCCGUGGCAAGCACAUGCCUUGAUGGUACACUCAAGGUUCCAGAGUGCUUUGAGGAACCUGGAAAGUUGGACUACAGCCUCCGACCAAAAUCCCUCCCAUCAGAAAUCUCCAUGUGUGCUGCAAACCUUAACCCUAACCCUAAAGCUGACCCAAAACCCUAACCAAACUAAAGGCAAUACAUCUUAUUCUUGCUGAAGAGGGGAGGGCUGUACAAUGUCUGGAGUAUUAAUCAAAUAAAAGUCUCCAUUGUUUGUUUUAUUUUAUUGAA